AACCCGACGCCACACACAGAGAGAAAGAAGGAACCCUGGGCAAGGAACUUAUCGAGUGGAGUAUCGAGAUAUCGAGGUAUGGGACGGCGUACCGGACAUCGGCUAUCGGCUGCGCUGCUAGGCUGGGCGCUGCUCUUGUGGGGCGGUUCGGAGCGUGGAGUUGAAGGCCAGUUCCAGAAUGUGCCGAACCAGUGCACGGUCCAGGUCGGUGGGGACCUGAUGAAACAGCUCGGCCGGAUGACGGAGGGCCGCCAGCUGACGUGUGACAACACCUGGACGACUCUGCUGCUGACGUUUCACGAGACGCGCAAGAACCUGACCGGGUGUCUGGAGCGUGAGCAGCGCAACGCUAACGAUGAGCCUUCGACCACCUUCUGCCAGACGCUGCUGGACGAUGCGAAGCGACAGGCGCAGCAAGAGCGGGCCAAGCUGUCGGCCGACGCGGACCGCAACGCGCAGGCGGUCCAGCUCGACCUGAACAAGGUGCGCGACGACGCCCGCAAGGUACAGGCCGAGCUGGACGUGGUGAAGCGCGCACAGCGCGAAUACUGCCUGGAGCUGGUCGUGACCAACAUCGGCAUCGGCGACGCGAAGCAGGCACACAAGUACCACACGCUGUACACGCAGGGCCAACCGGCGGACCGGACGGCGUACGAGGAGAUGGUCCAGUUCGUGUACCGGAAGGUCGAGUACCAGAACGUGCGGGUCGGCUACAUGCUCGACUUUGCGCGCCAGCUGAACGAUGCGAACAUGCGGCUGCUGAUCUACGAGCGACUGCACGAGCAGAUGCUCAAGCGACCGAACAUCGCUGAGCAGGAGGGCCUGGCGGUGGUCCUGGCGUUCGAUGCGCUCGACGCGACCACCGAUGCACCGGCGCUCACGGCGCAGCUGCAGGCGCUCUACAUGAAGGCGUUCGACCCGGUAAUCAAGCGCUGGAAGCAGCAGCUCACGGUCGGUGAGUGGCGUGCGGUCGCCCUGUUCGGCCAGGCGUACCCGGCGUACUUCAAGCGCAUCCAGACCCAGCUCAUGACCGUCGACGCCAACGUGUGGAAGACGAUGGACUUCCCCAAGUUCCUGCUCACAAUCAACACCAUACCGAGCUCGGACAUCCGGCUCGAGUCGUUCCGGUUGGUGUUCGAGCAGGUGAAGCGCUACAACAAGGACAACCCGGACACGCACCUGAAGGCGCUCGCCCGCGAGACGGAGGUCUUCGAGCGCUUCAUCGAGCGCAAGAAGCUCGGCCAGGACGCGCAGGACCGCCUGACGAAGGUGAAGGAAAUGUUCAAGGGCUUCGGGCAGAACAAGGACUACGAGCACUACCUGAAGGAGGCCCGCAACGCCAAGGGCCGCAGGCGUUAAGCCGCCAGCCGCCAUACACACAGACCCCGCAACCGUUAAGCAAAAGCGACCAAUAAAGCGAUCUGCAAC